UGAAGCAACGAGUUCUUGAGAGACAGUCUCAUGAGUUGCAUUUGGGAGAAAAAGGAAAACUGAAGUUGAUUGUCACAGAGCCUGAAACAGCGCCAGCUGCUGAAGAGGAGACAUUUGAAGAAAAAUUAGUUCCCACAAAGGCUCUGGAUGCCACCAGCAAAAUUCAAACAAAAGGUGAUGCAAAAACCUUGGAGAAAGCAAAGACCUUUAUUCCAAACAGUGAACUCCAGGAGAAGGCUGGCUCUGCAGAGGCCUCACCUUCAGUGGUGUUUGAAAACAUACAAAGAUGCAGUUUGAACUGUUUACGUAUGCUGUUGGAGAACAUCAGUGGCCUAGCUGUAGAUGACGACUUCACUGUGGAAGUGAUACCUGAAAUAAACGUUGCUGUAGUUACCUUUAUAAAAAGUAUUGAUACUGAAGAAUUUGUCCAAAAAUGUUCACAACACAGGAGAGUUAAAGAAUUCAGGAUGACUGUCAGUCUUCUUGAAUUGACCCAGACUAUCAAGGCUGAAAAGCUGCCAGACAGUGUUUCCACAGACUACCUCACAGUUUACUUUGAGAGCGUGCGGAACGGAGGGGGCCCCGUGUCCGAUGUCCUGCACUUCCCCGAGGAGAACUCAGCCAUCAUUACUUUCUGUGAUCGCAAAGAUCUAAACACGGUCUUGGCAAAGCAGCAUUUACUGGAACAGAAGCUGAUCUCUGUGUAUCCAUAUUACCACUCCCUGGGAACAGCUCUCUAUGGAGAAGAAAGACCAAGUAUCAAGAUGCCAGACCCCAUUGGGGUGCCACUAGACCUGUAUGUCUGGGAGUUUUUACAAAGGGAUGCAAAGCUGAUCCAAGGCAUAGACCAGGAAAUGGCAGUUUGCCAUUGUGAGCUAAAAUGGCCCCAGACAGACUGUGGAAACCCAGAAGUUAUGUUGUGCCCAUCGUCAUCUCUCUCCGAGCAGAAACACCCAGUGAUUAAGGUGAUCAAGACAUGGAAGCAAGAUGUUUCUGCUGAGUUCUCUCGUAUCAUGGCACGUUACAUAGCUAUAAAAUGCAAAGUAAACUCAGCAGAUUGGGAAGAUGUGAAAAGCAGAUUAUUGAAAGAUGCUGCUUUGAUCAUAACUGAUAUUUCUGAGGACAUGGUGGUGAUUGCAGGCAGUAGAGCAGCAGUGGACAGUGCAGAGAGAGAAGUGAGGGAAAGCAUGGAAAAAGCCAUGAAGCAAAGUGAAAGGGAGAAACAAAGCAUAGAAAUUGCUGUGUCAGUGAUCCCGGCGAAGUAUACUGUGCUGCACAAUGCUGGGUUAGAAGAGAAUAUUCACAAGGAAUAUCCAUGCUUAAAGAUCUUUUAUGAUGCCCAAAAAAAGGCAGUUCAGUUGUGUGGAUUACCUGCAGAAGUAUAUAAAAUCAAAGCUGACUUACUGGAAAAGGCGUGGAAUAUACCAUCUACAUCAGUUACCAUUGAUCCCCAUGUUUUCCAGUAUCUACAGAGUGUAGAUAAUAAAACAAUGUCAGAGACAUUAUUCAUUAAGAAAAAAUGUAAUGCCUUUUAUGAACUUGAGGAUGAUACUGUGUUGCUGUAUGGAGAUGCCCCCAAAGAUCUUUUCGAAGCAGAAAAGCAAAUAAGAACAGGCUUAGACUACAAGUGUAUCAAUGUGGAGGAUGGUGAGGUCCUUAAAAAGUCUCAGUGGAAGAAUCUUCUUGCCUCCUUGAUAAAGAGAUACAAUUCUACCCAGGAAACUGUAAUUACUGAACAGUCUGUUGGAAAAGAAAAUAAAGUGAUUAUUGCAGGCUUUUCUAAGGGUGUAACAGACGUUUAUCAGAAACUUAAUGAUUUCAUAGAUAGAAACACGGUCAUGGAAAAAGUAAUCCCAGCGAAUUCUGUGGUGGUAGUGCAGUUUGUAGAGAAGGAGAAAUCUGGUAUUUAUCAAGAAUUGAGGAAGAAAGGUGUGACAGUAUGUUUUGACACCAAGACACCGUGUAUUUCCCUGAAGGGAUCAAGAGCAGAAAUGCCAGGAGCAGUCACCACAUUUGAAAAAAUUGUCUCAUCCCUUUACUCAAAAAAUGCGUCAAUUGAUAAACCAGGAGCCAAACAGUUCUUCAUUGAUAGGAAAGAGUCAUGUGUUUUUGAGGCAAAGCAGAAAUUUGGCUGUUUGAUUAGGAUAAAAGAAGAAGAAGAACAACAACAAAAACAAAAGGAUGAAAAAGCUGAUGAUAAAAGGAAUAGAAAGCUCUACUAUGAAGAAAUCCUGCCAUGUGGAAUUGUAGUAGCAGUGUAUAAAGGUGACUUGUCUAAUUACCCUGUUGAUGUUGUGGUGAAUGCAUCUAAUGAAACCUUAAGUCACAUCGGUGGCCUUGCUGCAGCACUGCUAAAUGCUGCUGGUCCAGAGCUGCAAGAGGAGUGCAAUGAGCUGGUGAGGAAGAAGGGGAAUUUGCAGCCUGGCUCUGCAGUUAUCACAGGCGCUGGGAAACUCCCCUGCAAGAACAUCAUUCAUGCUGUUGGGCCCAGGUGGAGCAAGGAGGAAGCAGAACUAUGCGUGGAGUCAUUGAGGAAGGCAGUGAAGAAUAGUCUACAACUAGCUGAAACAUACAAUCAUCGUUCCAUAGCUCUGCCUGCUGUAAGUGCAGGGCUUUUUGGCUUCCCACUGGAACUGUGUACAUAUUCGAUUGUAGCCUCCAUCAAGGAGGCCUUGGAAGAAUCCAUGGGGGAGAGCAGCUUGAAGGAGGUUCAUCUUGUCAAUGAUGUAGAGAAAACUGUUGAGGUUCUGACCGAGACAGUAAAAAACGUGUUUUCAGCUAAAUCAUCAGCCCCAAAACUGCUGACAUCACACUUGGAAAGCUGCAAGCUGAAAAAAAGGCAGGGGAAGAGAAAAGAUGAUCUGAAAACGGUUACAACGAAUGAAGGACUUUGCAUCCGGGUAGAGGAGAAAAACAUUCAGGAAGCCACGACGGAUGUUAUUGUCAACAGUGUUGGCACAGAUCUGAAGUUUGGUGUGGGGCCUCUUUGCAAAGCCUUGCUGGAAACAGCUGGACCAGGGCUCCAAACAGAGUUUGAGAACGAAAAGCAAAGCCAGUCUGCUGGCCAAGGGAGUGUGGUCUGCACCAGUGGAUGUGCUCUGGCCUGCAAGUCUGUGUUUCAUGCCAUACUGCCUGUGUGGAAUGGAGGAAAAGGACAGACACAGAAGAUCCUGGAAGAUGUGAUCAAUUUCUGCUUGAGGAAAACGGAAGAACUUGGACUGAAAUCAAUCAGUUUCCCAGCUAUUGGAACUGGAGGAUUUGGAUUUCCUAAAGUCAUUGUUUCUAAGUUAAUGUUUGAUGCUGUAUUCAAGUUCAGCAGUAGUCACACUCGGAAGAAUCUUCAGGAAGUUAAUUUUCUCUUGAAUCCAAAAGAUAUUGAUAAUAUUCAGGCUUUUACCACUGAAUUGAAAAUUAGGGUAGCUGAAAGUCCCAAUGCUGCAGCACCACAGCCAAGUUUCAUUACGCCUGUUUCUACUGAAGUAUUGGGAGUUCAUGAAAUGAAGAUUGGUUCCGUCACACUCCAAGUAAUUAGUGGAGAUAUCACCAAGGAAGAUACAGAGGUUAUUGUAAACAUAUCAGAUCCAUCAUUUGACUCUACAGCAGGAGUCUUCAAAGCAAUUAUGGAUGCUGCUGGUUCCCAGGUAGUAGCAGAAUGUGCUCAAUAUGCUGGGAAGCGUCAAAGUGGCUUUGUUACUACACAAGGUGGAAAUCUGUUGUGCAGUAAAAUCAUCCACUUGAUUACCAAUAACGAAGUGAAGAGUCAGGUCUCCAGCGUGCUUAAUGAGUGUGAGAAGAAGAUGUACAAAUCUGUUGCCUUCCCAGCUAUUGGAACAGGUCGAGCAAGACAGAGUCCAGCAAAGGUAGCUGAUGAAAUGUUGGAUGCUAUAGUGGAAUUUGCAAGCCAGAAAUCAGUACAGCAUUUACAAAAAAUUAAAAUCAUCAUCUUCCAGACAAAUAUGCUCAAGGACUUUUAUGAAAGCAUGAAGAAAAGAGAAGAUUCAGAGUCAUCCACAGUGGAAUCAUGGAUAUCUAGGUUCAAAUCCUUGUUUUGGGCAAAAAGGCCAUCCACUGAGAAGACAAAGCCUGUGAAUUUGGAGAAGAAAGUUGAUUUAGUCACGUUUGAAAUUUGUGGAGAAAGCCAAGAAAACGUGAAUGCAGCUGAGUCCUGGAUAGAGGAUUUAAUUUUAAAGGAACAGUUUGAAAACAUUAUUUCAGACGAGCUAAUUGAACGUUUUGAUGAGAGGCAAAUUCACACUUUGGAUGAUCUCCAGAGAAGAAAGCAUGUCACCAUUCAGAUUGAAAACAGGAUUUCUCCCCCUCAAAUUAAAAUUUCUGGUAUCAGCAGGGAUGUCUGUUUUGUUUCUGUAAAAGUUCAAAACAUGAUCCAAAAACUUAAGAAUAUUGAAGAAGAACGAUCCAAGGCAGAACUUUUUUAUAACCUGGUGGAAUGGAGGUAUGCAGGAAGCAGUGAUAGCUUUGUUGCUUUUGAUAAACUGACAAAUAUGCAGCUGGAGGAUGCCAAAAUAGCUAAAAAAUCAUCUCUUACUGUCAAAAUUAACAAGAAGAACUACAAGGUGGAUCUGAAUUCUCUACAGGCUACUGAUGGGCAAGGAAAAACUAUAAGCAUUCAACGUAUGCCAAAGGAUGAAGAUCUGCAGUCAAUAGAGCUCCCUAAGAACUGGGAAGACAUGCAAAAGCAACGGGUCAAACUGGUGGAUCUCAAGCCAUCACAUCAGGAAUAUAAAGUAGUUCAGAACAAAUUUGGGAAAACCUGUCCCAACUUUACCAUUGAGAAGAUUGAAAGAGUACAAAAUCCCUACCUCUGGCAGACAUACCAAAUCAAAAAAAGAUCUCUCUGUACAAAGAACAAAACCGAAGAUAAUGAGAAGUUGCUGUUUCAUGGGACUGCUGUAUCCUCACUGAGCACCAUCAACUACAAUGGAUUCAAUCGUGGGUUUGCUGGAAAGAAUGCUGCAGCCUAUGGAAAUGGAACCUACUUUGCUGUUGAUGCAAGUUAUUCUGCUCAGAACACUUACUCCGUUCCAGAUGCGAAUGGCAAAAAAUACGUGUACCUGGCUCGGGUCCUCACUGGGCAGUACUGUGCUGGGAGCCAAGGAUUAAUCACUCCACCACCAAAAAACCCAUCAGAUCCUACUGACCUGUAUGACAGUGUGGUUGAUAAGAUGUCUAAUCCAGCAGCGUUUGUCAUAUUUAAUGACAUUCAGGCAUAUCCAGAAUACCUUAUUACUUUCAAAUAA